AAUACCAUCGCGGGGGGUUACAAGAACUUACAGUGUUGAUUUAAAAGUCCGUGGUUUUAAUAACUCGCCUCAGUUUUAACAUUUCAACUGGAGCUAGCAGAGAAUACCCAUAUCCAUUGGAGAUAUAGCGCAGCGUAUAUGGACACGUAAUUCACAACUGUUAAACCAAGGUGAACCAAGGAUGGGAAACGGUAGCAGCCUGAAGAUUAAACUCCUUCCCUUCAAACCAGCUCCACCGGAAAAGGACACCCUCAAUCCUAUCCAGUAUGCAACAUACAAGUUUAGCCGGAAAUGCGAAUUAUCAGAGACCCAUCAUAUGUACGUCAUUGAUAAAACGCCGCUGGAAACUCUCCCGCCACCCCACGUGCCACACACGAGGAAAAGCGAGAUCUUCGAUCUGUUGAUGUACAAACACAUAGACGAGCGGGCAAUGAAAGUCCCGAGCGACUUACAGAAAGGAUCCAUGGCCAACUUAGUAUCUUACCUUGUGGAGCCCUGUACUGACGACCUGGGUAGAAUUAGGUCGAUUUAUACCUGGCUGACGUCACAAAACCUGAACCAGAUAAAGAUGCCCCUCCCACCAAUAAGGGAGGGGUGUGUUCCCUACUACCUGAGCCGACUGAAGAACAAAAAGGGAAACUAUGCGCAGCUACUUAGUCUGAUGUGCAGACAUGCUAAGCUGAGCUGUGUGGUCGUUCAUGGUUGUCUGAAGGGCAGUACGUAUACUAUUGGUCAAUUGGUCAAAGACAAUAAGGACAUAUUGUACGGCGAAUGGAACGCAGUCCUGGUAGACAAUGUUUGGAGACUCGUCAAUGCCUACUGGGGCGCAUGCGCAGUCUCUGGUGAUGUAAACCAAAACGAGUCUGCUAAAUUUUGCGUCGAUGAAGCAUUCUUUCUCCCCGACCCCGAACAGUUGAUAUACUCCCAUUUUCCCGAGGAAUCAAAAUGGCAGUUACUUGAAACGAAAGUCAGCAUCAAACAGUUCGAAAAGAAGGCAUAUUUAAAAGAACGUUUCUUCGAACUUGAAAUGAGGGCUCUUUCUCAUCAGAAAUGUGAAAUCGUGACAGACAAUGGCGAAAUUGAAAUUCUGUUUGGACUGCCUCAAGAAAAGGCACAUGAAUUUGAGUUCAUGUGUUUACUGUUCUCCAUGGUCGACGACAAGUGGAAACAUAUAAAAGAGAAGACUUCUCAACACGACUUUGUUUAUUAUCCAAACGACAGUUCAGUUGCUGUUCGUUGCCGUUUCCCGAAAAUCGGCGAGUACAAACUAGAAAUAGUCGGCAAAGAUUCCAGGAAAAAAGAUCCUGGAUACGAUUUUGAUUGGGUGGCAAUUUACAAAAUAAAAGUGAACGGCAUACCGGAAGGCAACACUUCCUUUCCGAAGUGCUGUGCCGCCGGUUGGGGUCCAGGUAAGACUUUGAAGGAAUCUGGCCUCGACGCCACCACUGAUCCUAAUGCCAUUGUUUUCUCAGAGGGUGGUUAUGUAGAAGUGUCGUUUGAGAAACUGAAUCGGGCGGCUGCAGGUCUGAACAUCUCGUACAAGAUCGUGGGAAUGAACAAAGCAUUAGAUGAUGUCCCCAUGGAGGAAGAGGGCAUCCAAGAGGACGAUGAAGAGUAUACCAUUGAGGCUAGCGCGCCCCCUGGCGAGGAAAGUGCACUGUGCAUCUUUGCGCAUAUAGAUGACCCGUCGUACGGGACGAUCACAAAGAACAUAUGUAAUUAUCUAGUCAUCAGUUCCGAGGUGGAAGUAGUCGACGAUUCCCUGUUCCGAGAUAUAGAGGAAGUUCGUAAACAGCUUGAGUCGGCGAUAGAGGAAAAGAAACUUGAACCGCUCGAGAAUUCUGUUGAUCUGGUGGAAACUAAGAAGUACGAGCGCUACAUGCCACAAGAGAUGAGAAUGGCUAAGGACCUUAUUGCCAGACUGAGGAAGAUACAAGAACUUCUUCACGCGGUCAUGGCUCUGGAGCAGCCUACCAUAGCAGAAAUCCGUUCUUUCUCCAGUCCACUUCCCGAAAUACACAACGUGAUGAAGGCAACACUUUUGUUGCUUGGCAACUUCGAGGAUGAGACAAAGCAAUGGAAGAAUGUUCAGGCUAUUAUCGGUCGAACGGGUAAAGAGUCCCUCAAACGGCGGAUCAAUGAAUUCGACAUCAAUACUCUACCGUUAGAUGUAGCCCUUGGAGCAAAGAAGAUGAUUGGGAAGACCGACCUGGCUGACAUCAAAACAACCAGUCAGGGAGCCGCCACUUUCUACGUGUGGGUAGGUACUUAUACAGCUAUCAAUAUGAUAGACGUAGCCAAAAUGUUAAAA